AUGUACACCAACAAAUUAGGCGCCCUUCGCGCCAGCACCCGGCGCUUCUCUACAUCCCGAGUCUCGGCAUCAUCAGGCCUUCAGAUUAAUUCCGAGAGGUUGUGGAACACAUUACACCAGACCUGUGAAUGGGGUGCUACGCAUCGAUAUGGCGAAAAUCCGACCGAGACGGGCAUGGCGCGUUUGACUCUCAAUGACGACGACGCUCGUGUGCGCCGGUGGUUCGCGGGAGAAGUCCAAAAGCUAGGCUGCUCCUUGUCCAUUGAUCAGAUGGGGAAUAUGUUUGCGAAGCAGGCUGGUCGGCUUGGUUCGCCGGCUCCUAUGAUCGCAAUGGGAAGUCAUCUUGAUACUCAACCUCGGGGUGGGCGCUAUGAUGGUAUUCUGGGCGUGAUGGCUGCUCUGGAGGUUCUGCGGACGAUGAAGGAAAAUGGGUUCCAAACGAACUUCGAUGUUGGAGUGGUGAACUGGACUAAUGAGGAAGGUGCACGAUUCCCAAAAUCGAUGUGUUCGUCUGGUGUUUGGGCUGGAGCGAUUCCCAUUCAAAAAGCUUGGGAUCUGCGUGAUAUUCAUGACUCAAGUGUCACCCUCCGUUCGGAGCUCGAAAGACACGGAUAUCUGGGUGACAUCGCUUGCUCCAGUGACCCAGCCACUGGAUAUCCUCUGGGCGCUCAUUUCGAGUUGCACAUUGAGCAAGGCCCGAUUCUCCCAGAGAAGAAUCGCUCGAUUGGUGUCGUCCGCGGGGCCCAGGGAUACCGGUGGUUGACUAUGACUGUUCACGGGAAGGAUGCUCACACAGGCACCACGCCCUUCAGCGCCCGCCAGGAUCCCUUAUUGGCAUCCUCAAGAAUGAUUGCGGCUUCUCAUGAUAUCGCCAAGAAGCACGACGCCUUGGCUUCUACGGGUAUCAUCAAGGUUCCCUCCAAUGCUUCCACGAACACUGUCUCGUCCCAGGUGACGUUCACCCUUGACAUCCGGCAUCCGCAGGAUAGUGUAGUCCAUGCGGUGCAAGAUGAGUGUCUCAAGGCGUUUGAGGCUAUUGCAUCCCAGGAUGGCAAGGGUGUCUCCUUCGACUGGACUUUGGAUACGGACUCUCCAGCUGUCAAGUUCGACGACGACUGCGUGGCAUCUAUCCAGGCCGCUGCGGAUAAGCUUGUCGGUCGGGAGCAGUCGAUGCUCAUGACUAGUGGCGCAGGUCACGACACAGUUUAUACCAGUCAACACUGUCCCUCGGCGAUGAUUUUUGUCCCUUGCCGAGAUGGAGUCAGUCACCACCCGACUGAAUACUGCAGUCCACAGGAUUGUGCUCUCGGUACCCAAGCCCUGCUCGAAGCGGUUGUUCACUACGAUCAGUCCCGAGCUGAGAAGGAAAAAUAG